AAGAAAAAGCCCUUAUUGGAACAUAACUCUUUUAACAGAAAGAAAGUCGAAGUUGUAGGGAGUCACAAAGAGAGGGAAGCACCAUGAGAAUCUCUUUCUCUCUGCCUUCAAACUCCUCCUCGAAGCCAAACCCUAUCGAACCCUCCACUUCCUUCGAAGACGACGACGACGACGACGACACCACUACCCCCAACCUAAACGACGACGCAUCGAAACAAUACAUCCACGAAUUCACCGCCGCGGAAGAGCCCUCAGCCAAACCCCGCGUGAUCCCGCCCAUCCCAAACGAAUGGCAGCCGGGGAAGAACACCAUGAACAGCCUCGAAUUCGUGGCCGAGUCUCUCUCAAUCGAUGGCUCAUAUUCCGAGAUCCCGUACUGCCUCAAUCUCCGGCAGAGACCCGAAUCCGAGGAGGCGGUGGUUCAGAAAUUGAAAGAGGAAUUGAAGGCGUUGCCGGAGAUUAGGGGGAUGGAGGAGUUUGAUGAGAAUCCGGUGGAGGGGUUCGGUGCAGCUCUGCUCGCCGGGUACGGGUGGCAACCGGGGCGAGGAAUCGGCAAGAACGCAAAGGAAGAUGUUGGUGUUGUGGAGGUCCGGGCCAAUGUGGGAAGGCAAGGGUUAGGGUUUCGACCGGAAUAGGGCACAUCAGGUAAAGAAUUUGAAAGGUGGAACUGCCAAUAAGUUGAAAUAGUUUUUGUGUAUUGGAUAUGUUUUGCGGGGUAAUUGAGGCUUGUUAAAUUAUAGUGCGCUUUUUGCUCAGCUGCUGCUAGUGUAAUGAAACGAGGAUGGUCUUGAUCACAUUGUUCUUGGCUUCUCCUAGUGUAUAUGGGAGAAUGUUUCUACGGUUUACAGUAGCUUGCUGGAUUAAUUCUAAUACAUUGUCUGAAGCUAUUGCUAAUUUCA